AUGAAGCUCGUCUCCUCGUACCUGAUUGCGCUCGUGUCGCUCUGCAUCUUCGUCGGCGGAGCCGUCGCUCUCCCCGUCGCCAGCGACGUCGAUGUCGAGGUGCCGCACCCCCACCGCGCCGUCGUUCUGGAACGACGCUUCCCCCCGGUCGAGGACCUCGCUCGGGGUGCCGAGUACUUCCCCCUCGGAAUGAGCAGCAGGGCCAAGCUGAUCGCGCUGUACAACUGGGACAAGACGGGCGUCGAGGUGCCCCUCGAGGCGAGGUGGCACGCCUACCAGGCCGGACUGGCCUCGAGCGACAAUGCGCUGCUCAAGCAGGUCCUGGAAGCCAGGAUCCAGGAGAUCGAAGGCUUCUUCCCUUCCACCUCGAACCAGGACCGCCUGGCCGGACGACGCGGCUACAAGCCGCCUCGCAUCGUUGCUGGCCUGGAGCGCGACCAGGGUAGCGCUGCUAGCCGGCCCUCGGACGAUCAGCUGCGUCGUUGGCUCCACACCGUCAACGCUGCCGGUUCCUCGUCUGGAAGGACGGCCAAGUGA